CCACUGUCACUUGUGACAGCUGUGUAUUUAGUAAUAACGCGUAAAAGUAUUUUUUUUUAUUAUUGCAAUUUAAUAAAAUAAAUAUUUUGUUUUUACUUGGAACAACAAUAGAUUUACAUUUUACGACACCCCCUUCCACUGACUGAACAGCUUUAACAGACCACGGAGUGAACUAAAGAAUUAGGGAAUACAAUAGAGUUAAAACUAAAUUAAGUUUUUUAUAAAAGCCAAGGCCAUUUUUUUAGAGCAUUUUUUGUGUGUUUCGUCUGUUGUUUUGCAUUUUGGCAAUACGAGCAUAAACACGCUUAGCCAUGGCCACUUAUUCGUCAAACAGUGAAGGAAAAUUUAUACCAGCCACCCAACGACCUGAUGGUACAUGGCGCAAGGCUCGAAGGGUAAAAGAAGGUUAUGUGCCGCAGGAGGAGGUGCCGCUGUACGAAAGCAAAGGUAAACAAUUUGCCCAACGAAAAGCCACAGGACUGCCGCCGGGUCUGUGUCCCGAAGUGGUGGAGGCGGCCAAGAGAGAACGUGAGAAAAAGGAAAGAGUCAAAGCCAAAAAAGAAGCAGCCGCUGUGGCGUCCAAGCAACAACAAAUACCUGGAGUACUCAAACUACCCGCCAAUGUAAACGUAACUAAACCUACCAUGAAUGGACAGAAAACCAAAGCUUUCCCAGCAGCUGCAGCGGUAAGAACGACAAAUGAUUCUACAAAAACCAUUGAGGCUUUGACCAAAAAUCUCGAAAAUCAUCUGAAUGUGGAGGAUGAUGCGCUGGAUCUGCAAAAGAAAUGUAAAAAACUCAACAAGAAACUGCGUGAAAUCGAGGAAAUCGAAAAGAAAAUCAAAAGUGGUGCUCUUAAGAAACCCGAAAAGGAUCAAAUGGACAAGGUGGGGCGUAAGAAAGAGAUAGAGAAGGAACUCAAAAAACUACUAGCCAUUUUAGUGGAAACUAAAGGUCCAGAGGCAAUAGAAGGUCUAACAUCCCCACCCAGUUGUUAAUCAAAGCCAUACCAAGUUGCUGUUGUAAUUAUGAGUUUCCUCUUCUGUUUUUGUUGGAUUUGUUCCUUCUACUUUUUUUAUAAUUUUACAAAACAAAAAAAAGUCUUAGUUUUAUUAAUCGAUGGAUGGUUCGUUUAAAAUGUAAUUUUCAGUAAUUUAAUUUAUGAAUAAUUUGUAUUAAUUUAAGUUGCUACAAAGGUUUAGUUUAUUGUUUAUUUAAGUUUUUAAUUUUUUAUAGUUUUUUAUUUAAACUCUAAAUGCAUCUCGUACCAAACUGCCUGCCUGCACAUGCAAACAAAUUCAUCAUUUCCAACCAAAAAAAUAAAAAGAAUAUAUCUAUUGUUUUAAAUUUAUACGAUUUUCAAAAUUGUUACACAAUUUGUUUUAAACAUUUUUACUCAACUACUGCAAUUUUUAAAAUUAUGUUUUAUAAAUUAUUAUUAGUGAUAAAUGAUUGUGUUUUUCUAGUAAGAUGAUUUUUAAAAAUAAAACAAAAGCAAUUUUAAUUUGAGAAUAAAAAAAAGAAAAUAUUUAAUAAAAUAAAGAACAAAUAUA